GCACACAGCACCAAUCGAGAAUCUAUUUAAUAAUGAAGCAAACCAACUCUCCAUCCCUCCAAUUUUUCGCAUCUAGCAAGCUAACCCGCCCACCGCCACCACUAUGUCCCAUCAUGAUGAUGACAGCAGCAGCGACGAUGGUUUCGAUAUUGACGAGGGCUUCUUGUCAAAUCCUGACGAUGAAUCUGGUCCGUUCAACCUAGACGAAGUCCCUUUGGCUGUUGAGUCGGAAGACCCUCUGCAACAACGAGAGGUGUUCGAUAGUAUAUUCCUGGCUCGUGAAGGUCAAGACAAUACUGGUCCUACAUGGGAGCAGGCUCCCAUCUGCAACAUGUCCCUCUCUGCCUUCGAGAGGUUGUUUCGCAGGAAGGACAAAGCUAGUGCUGCAAGCUCCUUGCUGCGCCGCACAAACCUGCGUAUUGAUACCCAGUUCACCUUUGCCUCUGACGACGGCAGGUUGCUGUGGGACGCCUCUAGACAUUUCCUCGACUUUGUUCUGGUGGUCUCGGGUGCCAUAGGCCUGGAUGCUUUCCUUCCCAAUACAAUUUCUGAUCACACGUUCACCGUUACUCUGGACUUCCGCUUACAAACCAAGCAAUUCAGACCCAAGUUUGGGAAGCUAGGUUUCGACCCGACGGGAUCUAUGAUGGCAAUGGGCAAUGGCGGUGCCUGUGAGCUCUGGCUGGGAUUUUGCCCCCUCGUCAACAUCGAGGAUCUCUCUGUGGCUGAUGAAGCUCCUUUGCUCAAUGAAAAGAAGCAUGGCGACACACGGCUGUCCUCCCGCCACUUUCGCAUGGCUGUCAUGUUCAUUGCCUAUGCGUUAGCAAAGAUACCUAAUAUGCACAUUCACCUGAUGCAUACGUAUGGUACCGACGAGGAUUUCUCGUUGUGGAAAAUCAAGGAUGUCACAAACCUUUAUGCUACGCCCACCCUCACCCUUCGUCUCGAUGAUCUCAAGUCGCUUCACCGAAACAUUGUCUCAGAGUGGGAUACAUGGGUUCAAGAGGCACCACUUUCAUGGAAGGUUGAUGGCUGGCUGCAAUCGCAUGUCCCUAUCUCGGUAGCUUGUCGCUAUGGACAGAACCAGCCGAUCGCCAGUUCAAACCCCGACGCCCGUAGUGUUGAAGAGAGGAAUUGGCAAGUCGAGCGGGAAUACUCCAAUAUUCGCUAUCUCUCUAUGGCAAUCGCGACAGAUCUGACCUGUAAACCAGUGCGUAGCUGGGAGGAGAUUUCGAACGAGGAGAUUCUGGAGUCGCACAAUAUUAUAUAUGAUUCUCCGGACCCAACAUUCCGACAACCUGUCAAUCUCGAUGAUCUGCCUCUUCGAGAUCCCCAGACUCAGAGGGAGAACAAUAUUUACGAUGAAGAGGGUCGUCGCAUCCCCCGUUUUCAUGGUAUCUGCAGCAGAAAUACCAAGCCGUGCGGCGUCCUAAUCAAUCUCGAGACUAUUACCGAAUUGUUUUCAACAUUCAUUCCUGAUGACGAUGACAUGGCCCUCGACCCAGAUAUCAUUUUGGACGAUGAUGUUCGUACUCCUACGGUCAACGUGUAUCCUCAAGCAUUCCUGCGAAAGUAUGGUCACAUACAAUGCAACACCAUCUUGCCUCAUUUUUCUCCAUUCAUGUCCAAAAUUCGCAAUUCUGUUUCGCGCUUGAGUCGCAACCAAAAUGAUGAUCCGUUUAAUGGCCAGCCUGCGGAAGAUGAUGCAGACGAGUUCGAUCACUUGCCUAAUGGACCCCUGCCCACUGUACUCUUCGCCAGUGGCUCACAGUUUUACAACGAGAUCUCCCACCGCAUCAGACCGUCCGCUGAUCUUCACGAUGUCCAGCAAGGGCGCAUCACGUCGGCCCUCUCAGGUGCUUACUCUCGCGGUCAUGGCCAGACGACGCACCGCAUUGUGAUGAGGGAAUGCAGCCUCAAUCUCCCUCAUCAACGUUACGACAAUAAAAUUAAAGUCAAUGAUGUUCCUCGGGCUCUGCGUUUGGAGAACGUUUACAUUUUUCAGCUAGACUCCCUGAAGCGCCAUAAGCGCAAUGGAGCAGAGAUGGUGGUACCCUUAGCCAGCUCUUGGUCUCAUCCCACCAUCUUCCAGGCUCUCCGUCCGCAUCUUUUCGUAUUGACUUCAGACGCAUUUCCCCAGAUAUACCAGUGGACUACCUACCCCAUUACGUCCUUGCUUGAGCGCAUUUGGGAUCAUUUCUACCCUCUCGUUCAGAAAGGUGUCAAACCCGCUCCCCAAGUCAUUGAACUCUGUUCAGUGCUUGAGCGCGCUUUGGCUUAUGCUCACACCGGAAAUACUAGGGUAAUCGCUACGAGUCUCAUGAGGCCUUUGUGGUUGGUCCAGAGUCUCCUUGAACAUGGCCUGCCCACUUUUUCUCCCUCCGUGCGCUUCGCCGCAGCUCCAUCUAUUCCUGUUGCCAUCAGCCCUGCAGAUUGGCCAACUCUCACCAGCAUGAAAGUCCCAGCCAUAGCCUCCAAGCGCUCUCAAAUUUUGACAUAUGGCAAUGACCACUUUGAGGUUCGUGGUUUGGGAUCGACUGCCUCUGUACUGCCAUUCAUCCAGCUUGUCUCCCAGGCUUACAAGGCCGAGUUUCACAUACAACUUUCUGUGAAUCAACUCUCUUCCAACGCUUUCCUUGGGUACCCUGGCAACCUCCGCCAUGCUAUUGUCAUCGCAUUGGUUGCUCUCCAGGCGUAUAUUGCCGAUGUCAAGACACUUGUUACCAAAGCUGUCAAUGCCGCCUGCAGUGUCGUGGAGGCAGAGGAUGGCGGUGAUGUGGAACGGCAUGCGGCAGUGCGCCGCAAAGGCCUCCGCAAGUGGCUAGCAACCGCUAAUCCUCUCGGCUACGCUGACAAAGGAUAUGAGCAUUUAGUUUCAUGCGUGCAUUCUAAAUCCAUGGAUCACCACGAAGGACUACCAAAUCCAACCAAAGUGAAGCUCUCUGUUCAUGAUUUUGCCCGGCUUGUCUGCAAUAUGUCGAGAGAGACCAACCCUGCCCCUGUUGCCGCUCCUCUCAUCUCUGGUGGCUGUUCUAUGCCCGUCUUCCGCGUCGCCCUGGCCCAUAUGCGCAAGUAUGCCCCCAAUGAUUCCCCGACGCAUGCCGAAAAGUUCCUGCACGAUGCGUUCAUCGUCGCUGCAAACCAUCUUCAUAUUAACAAUGUUCCAUGGCAUCGUCCAGCGGGAUCUCGAGGCAGACGGUCCCGAAAGCCUGUCUUUGACUCCUGGGUCAAUCUAGGGAAAGCUGUCGAUUUGCAGGCUAUCAAGCGCAACCAUACCCAGGCGGACAAUGCAGCAGCCGAAGCAUCCCAGCGAGCCCAGGCCGCGGAUUCCAGGGCUGCAUGGUCAGCUGACUCCAUCACCCUGCAGUCGCUUCCGGAUUAUGUCCUGCGAUCCCGUCUUCCCGAUGAAUUUUCACUUGACAACAUCGACCUUGCGGACGGCGCAUCCUCGGACGACAAAGAACCUACCGUGCGCGAAAUUUAUGAAUGGGUAUUUGCCAACUUCGACAUAAAAAAACCGCUCCAUCAAAUUGCUCUCAUUGCCGGCAUUUACAUAAGCAGGAUCAUCCCUGAUAUCUUCUGGGCCAUCUCUGACAAGCCAAAAGCACAUACCGUCACCGGCCACGUCGCUCUCACAAAUGCCAUUCGCGCCCUCCCAUGGAAGCCCAAUGCUAGCGGCCGCAAAGGCUGCAAAUUACCGCAACAGUUCAUUGCAAUGGUCCCUUCCUACAUCCUAGCAGUCUACGACGAGACAAGCCCCUUGCGCAAGUAUAGUGAUGCGCGCACUCUCAAGAAUUUCCCCAAGUCCUGGAAUUCGAAGAAUAGUGCAAAGGGGAUUGGUCCCCUCCUUCUAGUGCGCUUGGGGCUUUUGAGAGCAAUGAGUGGCAGAGUCUGGAAGGGCGGUCCGCCCUUUCAGGAUUGGAAGUUGCUCUCAGCAGAGGCCGUAGCUGCCAAACAUCGGGAGAUCAUGGCGUGUCUAGCUGAUCGCCAGUAUGGACCAUUCCGAUUGGCUGUCAUGUUCUUCGGCGUUGACAAAGCUGUGAGUCUCGGACGCACAUCUCAGACGUACACCAUAAAUCCCGCAAUCGCAUCCAUCAAGGCCAACAAACGCGUGUUGAAGGAUGAUUCUGACAGUGAUGAAGUGGAGAUCAUCGAAGUCCCGAUGGCCAAACGCGCCCGCUUCACAUGACUAUCGCAGUCAUGCGCAUGCAGCCAUUGGCCGAUAUCUGCGUAGUCCGCUGUGAUAUAUCGUUUAUCGUUUUGCCCAUAGUAGAACCGGUGUAUGGAAAGAUAUGUCGUGGUUAACCACAAGAAAUGCUGAAAAUGUACUCUAUCCUCACAGUCAGUGACCACUAGGUUU